UGACCUCAGCGGUAUAUUCCUGGCCAGGGAUUUAGAACUGUUUGCUCUGGUUUGCAGUAAGUGGGUGGGUCAACUAUAUGGAAUGCUACUGUUAAAACACUGUGUCACUUCUUCUGUCUAAUACUCCAACACAACUCUCGGACAUGAUGAUCAGCACAGUAAGGAUAGUGACUAGCUGGGCCGGACUGCUCUUAUUAUCAUUAGGCGUGGUCACUUCUGAGGUCAGGAAAACCGGCGAUUUGGUUGUGCAAGGGACAGAUUGCACUGAAAUAAAAACAGUUUCCCCAGAUGCGUCAAGUGGCAUCUAUACCAUUCAGCCAUCUGGAUUCAGAAGACCUUUCAAGGUUUACUGUGAGAUGCGGAAGGAUGGAGGAUGGACUGUCAUCCAGAGGAGGUCCAGUGGAAAGGUUUCCUUCGACAGGAACUGGAAAGAAUAUAAGAGGGGAUUUGGAAAUAUUCAGAAGGAACACUGGCUGGGCCUUGCCAAUAUAUUUGCUCUAACCAAAAGCAAGGAUCAUAAAUCAACGCUCAGAGUAGACCUGUGGGACUUUGAAGGUGGUUCUGUCUAUGCUAAUUACCAAAAUUUUCACAUCGGCAAUGAGAAGACAGCCUAUAAACUGCAUGUUGGAAAAUACAGUGGCACUGCAGGUGAUGCUAUCCGUGGCGCAUAUGCUGGCAUUGACCAGAAUGGCUAUGGUUUCAGUACAUAUGACCGUGACAAUGAUGGCUGCUCCCCAUGCAUUUUUGGGGAUAUUGCGGUUGAGGACUGCAGCACUAACGAGGGUGGAGGAUGGUGGUUCAGUCGCUGUGGCUCAGCUGACCUGCAUGGAGAUUGGCACUCUAAGGAAAAUAAUCGGGGCUGGGCAUCUGGCCUCCACUGGCUCACCUGGAGAUCCCCUGAGCCGUACUCAGCUAAGGCAACACGCAUGAUGGUCAAGACCAUUAAGCAGUCAUAGAUUUGUGCAUCUGCAGCAAGCAACAAAAUGAUGUAUUGCUUUGUAGUGUUUAACACACAAUAAAAAUAUGCCAAUUUCAUUGUAUAUUUACAGUCUGAAUGGGUUUCCUCGCAGUUCUCCAGUUUCCUCCUACUGUCCAUACACACACGUAGCCUAAUUGGCCACACAAAAUUGCCCCUAAGUGUAAUUAGUGUGUGAAUAUGUAUGUGCACCCAUCCAGGGUGAAUUCCUCCAACCUUGCGCCAAGUGUUACCAGGAUUAGCUUCAGAUCCACCAUGACCACCAUGAAUGCAUAUUUUCACCAUUAUCACUGUGUACUAGACCAUUUUCUGUUUCAUAUUUUGAAUGUUGGCUAUAUUCAUUACACUUCAGGACUCCGCAUCCUAAUUCUACAGGGUGUCCCAAAAGUCUCCAUGCACAGGGGACUAUGUUUGCCAGGACCACUAUGUUUGUCAGUGACUUUGUCACUGGACGUUCGUGGACGUCCACUUCUCGGUUGGGCCACAACACAUCCAGUCUUUUUAAAGAAUGAUUUGAGAAUGUUUUCAAUACAUUCUUCUUUUGCCAAAGGCAGGCUAUCUGACGGAAAAAAAAAACCCUAAGUAAAAAUUUGGGACGACAUUUUGCUUAAGUGUUAUGGAGACUUUUAGGACACCCUGUAUUUUGCAUACUAAAUGUUAAUGUUCAUGAAAUAUUUACCCAUAGUUGUUCACAGAUUGAAAGCUGUGUUUCACUAUCAGUAUAACAACACUGAGGUGAUGUUUGGUCUUGGGUUAGGUAACAUCCAGAACGUUUAAGAAAAUCAUGAAAAAUGAUGGACUUUGUGGGAGAAAACAUGCCAAAGCAAGCUAUUGAUAACACAAAUGUAAACACAAAACACACAUGAGGUCACCAUCAUCAUUCUUACUGUAAAUAUUCAGUUCGUUUAGUAGCAACAUUUACUCAGUCCCAAGCUCUAAAGCCUCUUUUAUGUAAACACGCUUCCAUUAACUACAGAGCUUACAGUCCUUUAGACUAGUGGGUAUCUUUAUCUUUGCAGAUUUAAAAAGAAUGAUGCUUUUAUGAAGUUUGCUUCAGUAAAUGCUUUUAAAAACGUACUGUUAUUGUGAAGAUGCAAAUAAAUUUUUUGCAUGCUU